ACAUAUUUAAGAAGGAAGAAGAAGAAGCUGCUGAAACAGCUUCUGCCACCAAUGGAGUUCAUCAACAGAAACUUCCUUUUGGCAAUUCUGCUGCUGAUGCUAUCACGCGCUCCGCACGUGUCCCCCGCAACACCGUGUCCCGCGUGCGGCAACACCACGGUGCCAUUUCCCCUCAGCACCACCUCGACAUGCGGCGAUCCGCUGUACAAAAUCCGGUGCAGCUCCGGCACACUCAUCUUCGACACGCUGAACAACUCGUACCCGAUUGAGUCCAUCGACGCGAAAGCGCAGCGCCUUGUGAUCCGGCCCGCGGCGCUCGUGCAGAACACGUGCGUCUCCACCGAUAAGGUGCAUCAGGGGAUCCAGCUCAACAGCACCCUCCCCUUCAACAUCACCAGUUCCAACACCAUCGUCUACCUUAACUGUACCCUCACGCUCCUCCAGUCCCCCCUCAACUGCUCCGCCGCCAGCGCCUGCAACGCCUACAUCAAAGCCACCGCCUCCGCCUCCGCCUGCCAGAGCGGGCCCCUCUGCUGCACCUAUCGCACCGGCGGCUCCAGCAACUCCUAUAUGAUUCGCGUAAGAGACUCUGGUUGCAGCGCCUACUCCAGCUUCGUUAACCUCAACACGGCUCAACCUGUGAGCCGCUGGCCCGAACCGGGUUUGGAGAUUCAGUGGCUCUCGCCCAGAGAAACCGUUUGUGCAUCCCAGGAGGAUUGCGACUCUGCCACGUCGACUUGUGGGCCCGACGCCUCCUCUACGAGCGGGAUCAGGAGGUGCUUCUGUCACGAUGGGCUCGUGUGGAACCCCAUCAAAGGGGUGUGCGCUAAAAAAAUUACAUGCCAGAACCCAGACGGUUGUGGGGACUCAACUAACAAAAAGAUCAUAAUAGCAGGUUCAGUAUGCGGUGCUGGGGCUGCAAUCAUCCUUGCCAUAAUAAUCUUUCUAUUCUACAAACGCCACAAGCGCAUCAAAGAAGCACAAGCCCGGCUUGCCAAAGAGCGCGAAGGAAUUCUGAAUGCCAGUAAUGGGGGAAGAGCGGCUAAACUUUUCAGUGGCAAAGAGAUAAAGAAAGCCACAAACGACUUCUCCAAUGACCGGCUUCUUGGUGUUGGGGGCUAUGGUGAAGUUUACAAGGGCUUUCUUCAAGAUGGUACUGCUGUGGCUGUCAAAUGUGCCAAGCUUGGCAACCCCAAAGGCACUGAUCAAGUCCUUAAUGAGGUUCGCAUAUUAUGCCAAGUUAACCACCGAAACCUUGUUGGUCUACUUGGUUGCUGCGUGGAACUGGAGCAGCCUAUUUUGGUUUAUGAGUUCAUAGAAAAUGGUACCGUUCUUGAUCACUUGCAAGGUCAAAUUCCCAAGGGCCGUGGUUUGCUUAGUUGGCCUCAUCGCCUUGAAAUUGCACGUCAGACUGCUGUGGGUCUUGCUUACCUUCACUUCAUGGCUGUGCCUCCUAUCUACCACAGAGAUGUCAAGUCUAGCAACAUUCUGCUAGAUAUCAAUCUGAAUGCCAAGGUUUCAGAUUUUGGGUUGUCUAGGUUGGCCCAGACAGAUAUGAGUCAUAUCUCCACUUGUGCUCAGGGGACCCUUGGGUACCUCGAUCCUGAGUAUUAUAGAAACUUCCAAUUGACUGAGAAGAGUGAUGUUUACAGUUUUGGAGUGGUGCUUCUUGAGCUUUUGACAGCUCAGAAAGCAAUAGAUUUUAACAGGGCACCAGAUGAUGUGAACUUGGCAAUUUAUGUUCAUAGAAUGAUGGAGGAGGAACAGCUGAUGGAUGUCAUUGAUCCAGUGUUGAAGAAUGUAGCCACCACUAUAGAGCUAGAGACUAUGAAGGCAGUGGCAUUUCUGGCAUUGGGCUGCUUGGAGGAAAAGAGACAGAAUCGACCUUCAAUGAAAGAGGUAGCAGAGGAGAUUGAGUAUAUCAUCAGUAUUGCCUCAGCAAAGGUAGUGGAGUAGUUUAUUUUGAUGUUAGUGAUGUUGUCGAGUUGUCUGAUGUUUUUUGAUUUGGAAACUCAUGCCUGUGUUUGUUGUUGCUAUAUACUAAAUUUUGAGUUCUAGACUUCAGGCUCUUGUUUUGCAGAUGUAUCAUAUCAUAUCUAUGUAAAUUUAUUAUUACCUUUGCCGAAUGAAAAGUUCCGAUGUAAAACACAA